AUGUCUAACGAAAUAAUGCAACAGUGGUUUGAAAAAAUUAAAGAUGAGAUGUACAAACAAACAGAAGAAAUAACUAGGAGGCUGACUGAGUCCUUUGAAGAAAAAUUCAGGUUAAUUAAGCAAGAAAAUGAUGAAUUGCGAAUAAAAGUAGUUGACUUGGAACACAAAGUGGUAAUGUUAGAAAAAGAAAUGAGGAAAAACAAUCUGAUUUUACAUGGCGUGAAUGAAACUGAAAAAAGUGCCUGUGAACUUGCCACCCUUAUUAUAAAAGUUCUCCAGAGCAUGAAUAUAAGAAUAGAAGAGAGGGAUAUAAUUGACGUCCACAAGGACUACCCAAAAGAAAUUCAGGAGAAACGCAGAAAUCUGCAGGUUCAGUUACAAGAAGAAAGAAAGCAAGGAAAUUACGCAUUUAUAAAAUAUGACCAAUUAAUAGUGAGAGGAAGUAAUAAAACAGAAAAAAGAAAAAGACCAGAAUCAAACACAUUAUCACCUCCUUUUACCUCAGAAGAAGAAAAUAAUCAUAAUCCACAAAAACUGAACAAAAUUAAUGCCUUCAACUACAUGAGGAAUAGGAAUGGCCAAAAGACAAACACAGAAACUGAGACAACAAACAAGUAG